AUGAGCCGGCAGAGCACCCGUAGACGCAGGAGGCCAUCUCUCUCCCGCUCCUCAAGAGCAGAACUGCAGUUUCCCGUAAGCCGUGUGGACCAUAUUCUGCGGGAGAGCCACUAUGCCCAGCGCCUGAGCUCGUCCACACCGGUUUUCCUCGCUGGCAUUCUCGAGUACCUGACGGCCAACAUCCUGGAGCUGGCGGGCAAUGAGGCCUGCAACAACCAGAGAAGGCGCAUCACCCCAGAACAUGUGGAGAAGGCAGUGGACAACAACCCACAGCUCAGCUGCGUCUUUGGGGAUGAUCUCAACUCUCAGGUUGAUGAGGCGCCUCUACCCACGAAUAACUGA